AUGGAAGAGCAGCCUGCAAUACAAGAGAUGAAUGACUCUGCGCUAAAGGCAUCCUUAAUAUCAACGGAAAGUGCAUCAGACACAAAAACAGACACAACGUUGUCCAUCGAUGACGAAAUACUCGAAAAAUACGGCGAUGAACUGCGUUCGGAGCGGGUAUCAAGCGUGUUUCUGCCCGCAAGCCAUGCGCUUGACGACAAGAUACUGCGCGACCAGAAGAAGAACUGCCUGGACAGCAAUGUAAUACGCAUGCACUUCUUCAACCAGGGCAAGCUGAGCGAAUCACAGGUAAACAAACUCACGAAGGCGUUCAUUGAGACGGUCAAGAAGGAGCCUAAUCUAAUUUACGUGGACAGGCCGUGCACAAUCUUUGGAGACAUCCACGGGCAGUACUACGAUCUGCUAAAGAUAAUAAAGCACAUUGAUCUUGAGCGCGAGACGGUGGUGUUUGUUGGUGAUUACGUGGAUAGAGGAUCGUUCUCCUCGGAAGUGUUUCUUCUGCUCAUGGCGCUCAAACUGUCGUAUCCCGGGAACGUCGUUCUGCUGCGCGGAAACCACGAGUCCUCAGAAAUGACGCGCUACUUCUCCUUCAAGAAGGAGUGCGACAUAAAAUACAACAACAACGUGUACAAAGGGUUUUUGAGCGCGUUCAGGGCGCUGCCACUGUGCGCAAUCGUUAUGAAAAAGAUAUUCUGUGUGCAUGGCGGGAUAUCGCCUGAUCUGAAGAAGGUCGAGGAUGUAAACAAAUUUAACCGAUUCGUUGAGCCCACCAGCAACGGCAUUAUGCUCGACUUGCUGUGGUCCGACCCGCAUCCGUUCUACGAAAGCCUUGAGACCAUUUUCUUCGCGCCAAACAAAAACCGCCGUUGUUCAUAUUUCUACACGUACCUGGCGGUCAAAGAAUUCCUGGCAACAAACAAGCUGUGGUGCAUCGUACGAGGACACGAGGUGCAAGAAAACGGAUAUAAGCUGUACAAGGAGUACAUAGAUGAUGUACCAUCUGUAAUAACGGUCUUCUCAGCACCGAACUACUGUGAUGUGUACAGGAAUAGAGGAGCAGUUAUAAAAUUUGAUGGUGAGCACAUACAAAUCAAGAAAUUUAAGGAGGAUGAGCAUCCGUUCAUUCUGCCAGGGUUCAUCGAUGCGUUCAACUGGACGUUUCCGUUCAUCAGCACGAAAAUCGGCGAGUUGCUUCUUGAUCUGCUGAAUGUCAGGCCUGGCACAUCAUCGAGCAGUUCUGUGUCGGACAUUGAUGAGAGCAUCAAGCAGGUACAAACGUUCACCACGGCAAUGUCACUGCUACGGGAAGAACGCGAGGGUAUGAAUGAGUUUGUCGAUGAAGAGAGCACCGAUCUGAGCACGGAGAGCAUCAAGAGCGUGGUUGUGAAUGAAGAAGAUAAUUUUACGGAGGUCAAGGUCAAAGAUAUUCCGAAUGAGGUUUUCAAAACCAAAGAUAAUUUGACGAAGAGCAUGUCGAUUGAGACUGUGCCGUCGUUCGCCAAGGAUAUAAGUAAAGAGGUUGAGAACGCUGACUUGAACGCGGUAGUUGAGGAGAGCACGGUUGUUGAAACUGAGUCUAAGAGCGUGAAAGUGGUCGUUCCUGAGAACCCCAAGAAAAAGCCGUCACUGUUUUCGUGCUGCUUUAAGAAAAGCUGA